ACUCCAGCCGCUGAAAUGGAAGAAAAUGCCAACACCAGCCUGGAAGAUGACUUUGAAGGACAGGCAACACACACAGGGCCCAAAGGUGUGAUCAAUGACUGGAGGAAGUUUAAAUUAGAAAGUGAAGAUGGAGAGUCCUUAUCCUUGAGCAAGAAAGAAAUGCUCAGACAAAUGUCUUCACCACACAGAUCCUUCAGCAGAGAUGACAAAGACACCAGGGAGAGAUUCUGCCGUAAGAUGAGCAUGCAGGAGUACGAGCUGAUCCACACGCAGGAGGACGAGAGCUGCCUCCAGCAGUACCGCAAGCGCUGCAUGCAGGACAUGCACCAGAGGCUGAGCUUCGGGCCCAAGUUCGGCCACGUGUGCGAGCUGCAGAGCGGGGAGCAGUUCCUGGAGGCCGUGGAGAAGGAGCACAAAAGCACCACGGUGAUCGUGCACAUCUACGAGGACGGCGUGAAGGGCUGCGACGCCCUCAACAGCAGCCUGGCCUGCCUGGCCGCAGAGUACCCCACCGUCAAGUUCUGCAAGAUCAGGGCCUCCAGCACCGGCGCCGGCGACCGCUUCUCCAGCGAGGUGCUGCCCUCCCUGCUGGUCUACAAGGCCGGGGAGCUGCUCAGCAAUUUCAUCAGCGUCUCGGAACAGUUCAACGAGGAGUUCUUCGCCGUGGAUGUGGAGGCUUUCCUCAACGAGUACGGGCUGCUCCCGCUGCCCGCCCUGGGAAACGGCAACACGGAUGAGCAGGACGUUGAAUAG